AUGGCUAUGAGAGCCCUCAGCGUGGUCCACCCUUGCCAUGAGCUAUAUGCUUUGAAGGUUGGAAUCUCCUUUGCUUUGGAUGCUUCUUGUGUGCCUCUUGUGUUGAAAUCUGACUCUUUGACAGCAGUUCAAAUGAUUAACACUGAUGAGGAGUGCUUGCAUCAAAAGGGGUUUUGGUGGACAAGAUUCAUCGCCUAA